GUGGGGCGUCUCGCCGGCAGUGAUAUCAAAACAAACGCACGAGUGAGCUACAAAGCGAUCAUAACAAGUCAAAGCAAGUGUUCUUCGAAUUUCUUCGGAACAAUUUCUGAUUAUCUGAGAGUUAUUCAAGAAAGUAUAUUGAAGAAGAAAAAUGUCGCUUCUACCUUUUGUAUUUGGCUACGAAUCGCCGCGCUACCGCCAUCGCCACUGGCCUAGCCGGCUGCUAGAUCAAGAUUUCGGCUUGGCGUUGACACCGGACGAUUUACUGACAGCUGUGGCGAGUCCAUUACUGUCCGUAGACUACUACAGACCCUGGAGACAGCUGGCGGCGGCGGCGCGGGACAUCGGCUCGAACAUCAAGGCCGACAAGGACAAGUUGCAGAUCAACUUGGACGUGCAGCAUUUCUCGCCUGAGGAGAUCUCGGUGAAGACGGCGGACGGGUUCGUGGUGGUGGAAGGCAAGCAUGAGGAGAAGAAGGACGAGCACGGCUACAUCUCUCGGCAGUUCGUGCGGCGGUACGCGCUGCCGGAGGGCGCGGCGCCGGAGUCUGUGGAGUCGCGGCUGUCGUCUGAUGGCGUGCUGACCAUCACCGCGCCGCUGAAGGUGCCCGACGCGGUCAAGGGUGAGCGCAAGGUGCCCAUCGCUCAGACGGGACCCGUGCGCAAGGAGAUCAAGGACCAGAGCGAAGGCACCAGUGACAACAAGGAGCCGCAGACGAAGUGAACAUCUCGAAACCCAUCGCCAAAGCUGUGACUGUGAAAUUAUCCCAAAGUGUAUUAUUGUGGCAGUGCCAUUUUGAGACUGAUUUGUUUUAUUAUUUGUAUCUAAUAAUUUCAAUAAAUAUUUAAGCUUGUUUUAAAA